GUUGCUCCGCGCGCUUCCACCAGGGGCCGUUGGAGCUACCCAAGCUCCCUGCGCCUACCCGGCGGCGUCCCCGCGCGUGCCCACUAGGCGCAGCGCGCGCCCCGGAAUCGCGGGAGCCACCUCCGCCUUAGGCCUCCGCUCCCCAAGCGACUGCCCAAACUAAGCCUCGGUGGCUGGAUACGGGAGCGCUCUGGAGACAAAUAUCCUCCCUCCAUUGUGGUCUGCAUUCCUCCGGCCCCAGAGCAACUCUGGGACGGAAAGUAUUAGCGUCUGUUGCGCUGCAGCCUGGGAGGAAGGAGGAAGCCGAUCCCGGGGCGGAGUUCGGGCUAGACCGAGAGACGCCGGCGCCGCCCGGAUGUUGCGAUGGCUGAUCGGGGGAGGCCGAGAGCCGCAGGGACUGGCCGAGAAGUCUCCUUUACAGACAAUAGGUGAAGAACAAACCCAGAACCCCUACACUGAGUUGCUUGUACUGAAAGCUCACCAUGAUAUUGUACGAUUUCUGGUAGAGUUAGAUGACUACAGAUUUGCAUCUGCUGGUGAUGAUGGAAUUAUAUUUGUGUGGAAUGCCCAGACAGGGGAAAAACUUCUAGAACUGAAUGGACACACUCAAAAGAUAACGGCUAUUAUUACAUUUCCUUCCUUGGAAUCUUGUGAAGAAAAACGUCAACUCAUCUUGACAGCCUCUGCUGAUAGAACAGUUAUUGUGUGGGACAGUGAUACUGGCAGACAAGUUCAGAGAAUAUCUUGCUUCCAGUCUACUGUAAAGUGUUUGACUGUUCUUCAGAGACUAGAUGUUUGGCUUUCUGGUGGGAAUGACCUAUGUGUGUGGAACCGAAAAUUAGAUCUCCUGUGUAAGACUAGCUACCUUUCUGAUACAGGUAUUAGUGCUUUGGUUGAAAUACCUAAGAACUGUGUUGUGGCAGCAGCUGGCAAAGAACUGAUAAUUUUCAGGUUGGUGGCACCCACAGAAGUAUCACUAGAAUGGGAUAUUCUUGAAGUUAAGCGCCUCCUUGAUCACCAGGACAAUAUUCUCUCAUUGAUUAAUGUCAAUGAUUUGAGUUUUGUCACUGGCUCCCACAUUGGAGAGCUGAUCAUCUGGGAUGCCCUGGACUGGACUGUGCAGGCCUACGAACGCAACUUCUGGGACCCAUCUCCACAACUGGACACCCAACAGGAAAUAAAACUCUGUCAGAAAUCAAAUGACAUUUCUAUUCAUCAUUUCACAUGUGAUGAAGAGAAUGUAUUUGCUGCAGUUGGAAGGGGUUUAUACGUGUAUAACCUUCAAAUGAAGCGUGUGAUUGCCUGCCAGAAAACUGCACAUGACUCCAAUGUCCUGCACAUUGCCAAACUUCCAAACAGGCAGUUAAUCUCAUGCUCAGAAGAUGGCAGUGUACGCAUUUGGGAGUUACGAGAAAAACAGCAGCUUGCAGCUGAGCCUGUACCAACAGGUUUUUUUAACAUGUGGGGAUUUGGAAGAGUCAACAAACAAGCCCACCAACCUGUUAAAAAGCAGCAAGAAAAUGCUACUUCGUAUUCACUGGAGCUUAUUGGAGAUUUGAUUGGACACUCGUCAUCUGUGGAGGUGUUUCUAUACUUUGAAGAUCAUGGACUGGUGACAUGCUCUGCUGAUCAUCUCAUUAUUUUGUGGAAAAAUGGAGAACGAGAAUCUAGAUUGCGCAGUUUAAGAUUAUUUCAAAAAUUAGAGGAGAAUGGUGACUUACACCUUGCUCUCUAAGGAAUUAAAAGUAUAAUGCAUGAACCUUGUACAUUAAAUAUAGGUAUUACUCUGAAAACCAUUAACAUUCAUUUAAAUUUGUAAA